UUAAUAAUAAAGCAUUGAAUGCAUUGAAAGCAACGUUUGUUUGCAAUGUUUUGCUUUUAAUGAUAAAGUAAUUGAUUUUAAAACCAUUUAAUCAUAUUUGAAGACAAUUAAGACAUUUAAUUACUUCAUCCAAAACAACAAGACAUGUCUGCUGAGGCCAAUCAACGAGUCAAUGGUGUGGACGAGUCGGCUGAUGGCGAGGAUGUUAGCAAACCAGUGGCCAAAAAGGUGGCCAAACAUGACUCGGGUGCUGCAGAUCUUGAAAAAGUUACCGACUUUGAGGAAGAAAGAGAAAUUUCAUCACAAGAUUUACUUGGAGCCAUCACAAUGAUUGGUGACAAAAGAUCCAAAGAGACGGCAGAAAGAGUCGCUCGAAUGAAUGAAUUGGCAAAAGUAGUCAUCAAUAAGGAAGACGUGGAACUGAUUAUCAAAGAGAUGGAAAUUCCGCGGUCAACGGCCGAACUGAAGCUUCGGGAGUGCGCCGGCAAUGUUGUCGACGCUUUGAUUGCUUUAACCGAUUGAUUGACAUUUUUAGUACUACUAGUCGUCGCUAAUAAUCAUAACAUUAAUUCAUAGUUUAAUACUUCGUUUCAUUUAAAUACAA